AUAAAGUCAGGGGGGAUUGUAUUGCAGAUAUUGGCAUGUGCUUUGUACAACAAUUGGUGGCCAAUGCUAACAGUAAUAAUGUAUGUGGUUCUACCUAUGCCCUUAAUUCUUUUGGCUGGCUCGGAUACUUUAUCUCUCUUCUCUGAAUCUCAAAGUGGCUGGGCAGACGUGACCAAAUUCUUAACUGGGGCUUCGGCUGUUGGUAGCAUAGCAAUACCAAUCAUCUUAAAGCAUGCUGGAGUAAUUGGGUGGGGGGCAAUGGCAAUGGAGCUCUCAUCCUUUUUCACAUUUGUUCUAGCAAUCAUGUGUUUCAUUGGAACGAGCGAAGAUGAUGGAUAUAGCAUCCUUUGA